GCGCCCAGCCCCUGCGUGUAUCGCGACGUGGAGGACUGGGGAGGAGAGAGCGAUGAAACCAAGGCGCUGAGGCAGAAUGCAGAAACUCUGCUGGGACUCAGACAACAGGUUGACAGGCUGAAGGCCGAGCUCAUGUACGAGAGGAGGACAAGUGAGGAGCAGCUGUCUCGAUUUGAAGAUGAACGCAGGGUGUGGCAGGAGGAAAAGGAAAAGGUGAUCCGCUACCAGAAGCAGCUGCAGCAGAACUACAUCCAGAUGUACCGGCGGAACCGCGACCUGGAGCGGGUGAUGCGGGAGCUGAGUCUGGAGCUGGAGACCAGGGACAUGGACGACUAUGAGGUGCACAGCGGCAGCAACGACAUCCACUUUGAGGAGAUCACCGCCACUGAGAUAUAAAGAGGCCAUGCGAACCCGACGUCGGACCAGGAAAAAAAAAAAAAAAAGACGACGGCUGGCUUUACCUCUUGAGCAACUCCCAAAGGUGCAUUCUUCUUCGACUGCUGCACUCCUCGUGAUCUUUCGUACAGCAUUUCACCUGCACUUUUUUCUUUUUAAGACUUUUGUUUAACCACUACAAAGUGAGCACAAAAAAAAAAAAAACAUUUUCUUAUGAAGCGGCGAGAAGUGUUCAAAUCAGGGAGGAUUGUUGGAAACAGCAAAAAAAAUUGUUGGCCACGUGCACAUUUUCUUACGCUUAACAACGGGGCACAAGCACGCAUGUCAUGUCAUGUGAUGAUAGCGCCCACCACGUCUGCUACUUAACAUGUGUUAUCUUCUUCAAAGGAGAUAUUAGCCUGAGCAUGCUAACGUUGAUUCUUUUCGUCUGGUAGUAUCACUCCAAACCUUGGGAGGGCGAUAGUGAGACAAAUGAUUCACCAAUGUUGCUUUAUUUGGAGUCGGCUCAGUUUGGCGCGGUUGCUUUUCCGCUUAGGGCGAAAAAAAUUGGAGGCUGUGGAGUAUAACAGCAGCAGGAGGUUAAGCUAACCUUUACGUGAUUUUCAUUUCUGCGUAUCCUUGAAUGUUACACUGCUCAAUCAGCAAAUGGCUCACAAUGCUUGGAACCAGCAUAGACCGGGAAGUACAAGUAUAAUAAAUGCUACAUAUUUAGCAUAUAAUGACAAACACCAUAGACAAGCUCAUAGAAAUUAGCACAUAUGCUACAUAAUCAUAAACGUUCAAAGAACUGCUACCAGAACGCACUCGGAGCGGCAACGCAUACAAACAAAGCAUACAACAACAAAGAAUUAGAUAUUGUGUAUUUAAAACACCAAAGUGUUCAACCGCACCAUUUGAUUUCACCUCAUGAAAGUCCACUAGCUUAAUGCUAUAUAUAAUGUGAAAGGUCAUAGAAGGGCUAAUGGAAAUGAGCAAAGCAAUACAAUAAUUGUAAACCUUCAAAGAACUGCUGCAUGUAAUCACACGGAGCAGUCAGUUAGUGCAAGUCUGCCUCUUCUUCUUGCUCUGAAUUAUGUUCCAUCUCUUUCUUUAGACUCAGUGCUGCCAGGAAUGUUGUGGCACAAUUUGGUACUACGCUCACUUUUAAAUUUGGACUUUAGAGUGCAUUUAAAAAGAUGUUUUAACAAAGACAAAAAUGUUUUCUAGAUCUUUUUUUUAAUAAGGGACAUAAGUAAAUAUUUAGUUGGUUGGUUAAUUUGACACCUGAUUGGUGGACAGGCACUCCAGAGACAAAACAAUUUGUAUACAAACAUUGAGAUGAUCAAAACAAGGGCAGCAGUGGGAGGUGUCAGCAGGAUGUGGCUGAUUCUUGCUUUUCAUCUGCUUCCUCCUCCUCUAAAAAGUAUUUUUAGCAGCGUUAAGAAACUAAAAACGGAGUUUAUUAGUCUCACUGCUGCUUCUUUUUCAGGCUGCCGUUUGAACUUGAGGUGGGCCGCGAUGCGCGUUUUCCCUUUUGGGCUUUAUUUAGCUUGCAGCAGCCCAAAGUCGCAAUCAUUUGAACUCAAGUCUUCCAAAACUUUUGUGAGCUGAAGCCAAUCACAAAGCACAUUGCAGACAAACAACAAUUCCUUCAGUUCGAACUGUGAGGCAGACGUGCGACGACACACGUGCACGCGAUUUUCCCCAACCGCUAAAAAAUUGGAACCACGUUUUCAGUACACAUUUGAACGGCAUAAGUUUAAUGGCUGCAAAGGGUCAGCUUUAAUUCUGAUUAUUUUUAUGACUCAGCAUGAGAGAGAGUUUCAAUUUUCUAGACUAAAAUAUAUAUCGAAAAGGAGAUCUAUAUCGUGAGGGCUGUAUAUUUUUUAUAUACAUAUAUGAAUAAAGCACCUACUAAUAUUUUUUGGGUUCUUGUUGUUGCACCAGUAUCAGGGUGGGUUUCAUAUGCCAAUUGUAUCUAUAUGAAUGUCUAGAAAUAUAUCAACAAAAACGGAACACCAGAGGAACUGUCAAGAGAGAAAGCCCACAAAAUGUAACCUGCAAAUGAUUAUUAUCAUAAAGAUUUGGUUCAUAUUUUUUCAUAAAGAUAUCUAGUUUAGCCCUGGGAAGUGUUUCCCGACUGUUACUUGUGUUUAUGAGUGUAAAUAUGUAAAAGAGUUGAUGGUAUAACACAUGAUCUCGGAUAUUUCACAUGUAGCUAACGUGACUAUAGACCAAAGGAACCAAACUCAAUUUUGGUUUGUUUGUUUGUUUUUUGUUGUGGCUUCUUUUUUUUUUAUUAUCCUUUUCUACGUUAGCCUGUUACGUCACACUUGAUUCAUAAAGUAGACAUCGUUCGUGUAAAUGUGUACAUUUCUUGUAUAAAUGACCGUUUUGGUUUUUUUUUUUUUCAGUAAAGAGCAAGCUGUUACACCUUCAA